GGAAAUAAUAGUGCGGAUCCAUGUGCGCACUAUUGUGACGACAUUUCUAGACGCUUCCACGUUUUCUCCAAACUUCUGGUUGUAGUUGUUUUUGAAAGGCAGCAAAGGGGUUCUCCAUACAAUGUCGGUGAUCGGCGAAGAGUCUGUCCGCGGGGUCAUGUUUAAAGACAUAAACGCGGACGAGGACGAAGCUCAGCCCACGGAAAUCGAGAGCUUGUGCAUGAACUGUUACGAGAAUGGAAUGACACGUCUUCUUAUGACCAAAAUUCCAUUCUUCAGGGAAAUCAUUAUAAGCUCCUUCACAUGUUCCCACUGUCACUGGACCAAUACAGAAAUCCAGUCUGCAGGUCGGAUCCAAGAGCAAGGUGUCAGCUACACACUCCAUAUAAAGACUAAAGAGGAUAUGAACCGUGAGGUCGUGAAGACCGACAGUGCCACUGUUAGAAUACCCGAGUUGGACUUUGAAAUACCUGCAUUUACACAGAAAGGCUCAUUGUCUACUCUUGAGGGACUUUUUGACAGAGCGGUUGCCGGUUUAGAGCAAGAUCAACCAAAACGACGGACCACUGAUCCGAAAGUAGCAGACAAAAUAGACCAAUUUAUUCAGAGGCUGAAAAAUCUGAAAGAUGUCCAAGAAGAAUUUACACUAAUCAUUGAUGAUCCCUCAGGGAACAGUUUCAUUGAGAAUCCAUUUGCACCUCAGAAAGACCAAGCACUCUCUGUCUCUUAUUACAAAAGGACAGCUGAGCAAAACACAGCCCUUGGGAUAGAGGAAAGUGAACCGGAACAAGAGGAGGAAAAUGACAACGAUCCGGAGUCAAUGAGGAACGAAGUCCUGGUGUUCAACACCAACUGCCCAGAAUGCAACGCUCCUGCUUCGACAAACAUGAAACUUGUCCAAAUUCCACAUUUCAAAGAAGUUAUCAUCAUGGCAACAAACUGUGACAGCUGUGGACAUCGAACUAAUGAGGUGAAAUCAGGUGGUGCCACAGAGGAGCUGGGAACCAAAAUCACUCUCCACCUCACAGACCCGUCAGACAUGUCACGAGACCUGCUGAAGUCAGAGACGUGCAGUGUGGAGAUUCCAGAGCUGGAGUUUGAGCUGGGUAUGGCGGUCUUAGGAGGAAAAUUCACCACUCUGGAAGGGCUUCUUAAGGACAUCAAAGAACAGAUCGUCAUGAAAAACCCCUUUAUUUGUGGAGACAGCGCAGUUUCCGACACAUCUGAGAAACUGAAGCUAUUUGGGAAAAAGAUCGACAAGAUUAUGUCAGGAGAAAUGGACGUCCACAUCAUCCUGGAUGAUCCAGCAGGAAACAGUUACUUGCAGAACGUUUACGCUCCGGACCCUGAUCCUGAGUUGAAGAUCGAGAAGUACGUUCGAACGUUUGAACAUAACGAAGACUUGGGACUUAACGACAUGAAAACCGAGGGCUAUAGCACUGAGAAUUGAGAGAAUUCAGCCAGGGGUCAACAUUAGUUAAACGUUUUUUAUUGUUUUUAUUUAAGAGUGACGAUGUAGUUAAGUGUACAAAAAAAAAAAAAGAAACAUGAGCACUGUCUUGUUUAAUUGCAUGCAAAAUGCCCAGGCUUUCUUGCAUCUAUACGAGAUUUUUUGUUUUUCGGCCUUGUGUUUAUCAGGUCAUGAUAACCACCAAGAUGUUAUGAAAUUACAGUAUAAAAUGCAUAGUUAAAUAGCACUUAGUGCUACAGUGCAUUGAUUUUCUUUAAACAGGUAAAUUAAUCAAGUGUACAUAAUGUAUGCAUUGUCUUUGUACAAUAAAUAAUAUUGAAUCUG